AUGUGUAACAUCACUGUAGCUGGUGUACCUUGUAUUCCUUUGGUGAAUUCGCCAAAUUACAAACCACCAACAAUAAUUUUCUGUCAGAUGGACCAAACAAUUCAAACAAUUGAAUACGAAGAAUUUGAUAAUAUAGUAGGACCUGUUGUGGUUCACAUGGGAAAAUUUUCUGCUAUUUCUCCACAGAAUUUCACAUUAGUUGUGCCAAAAAUAAAAUCCAUAUUACCAAGAAAAGGGCCUCUUUCAGGAGGAACUGAACUCGCCCUCAGAGGAAAUUUCAUAGAUGAUGGUUCUGUUGAAGUUAAUAUUGAUAAAAUUGCUUGUGAAGUAUUCUUCAGGAAUUCCAGUCUAAUAAAGUGUCGUACACCUGCAUUAAACAAAUCAAUGAAUUGUUAUUUGAGCAAGGACUGCAGUGUGAGUGUAACAUUUGAAAAGUAUCCUGGCAGAAAUUUUAGAAACGGAGAAUUCAAAUUCAACUAUUUAGACGACCCUAACAUUGGAAAAUUUGACAUUCUACCACCUAGAAGUAUACCAGCAGGAGGUAUCCGACUAUAUGUAAUCGGAAAGAACUUUAAUUUAAUUCAAAAACCACUGUUUUACAUUUACAAUGAGAACAUGACGAAACGAUACGAGUCAGAAUGCCAAGUUUGGCAUACGGGUACUACAAUGCUUUGUUUGACACCUGAUAUUUUAGAUAUAGAUAGCUCAUCCUUUAACAAGAGUAAUCCAAUCAGAUUGAAUUAUGGAUUUGUAAUGGAUAAUGUUGCUUAUGUACAAAAUAUCUCCGUGAACACUACCAACAAUAAUUUUAAAAGGCUCAUGUUGUACCCUAAUCCAACAUUUAAAUCAUCUUAUGAAGAAAUCAAGACUUCUACAAUAGGUAAUGAUGAAAGUCUCAUUAUUGAGGGGGAAAAUGUGAAUUUGGUUUGUAGAGAAGCUGAAUUUAUUGUAAAAGUUGGUAAUCGCAGUUGUGAAGUGAAACUUUUAACAGCACAUGGCCUCAAUUGUCAUCUACCACCACCAAAUCGCUUAAAAAAAUCAGAUUAAAUUGGUGAUGAGCCUCUAAACAUCACUGUACAUAUUGGACCAAAGUUUCAAGUUAUGGUUGGGAAAUACAAUGUAAAAUCUUCACGGAAGUCGACGAUUGUUGAAAAAUACGAUGUAAAAUCCUCACAGGAAGCAAUGAUUGUUGAGAAGUACAAUGUUACAUCCUCAAGUGUGCCAAUGAUUGUUGAUGAGUACAGUGUAAAACCCUCAUGGGAUUUGAUGCCUUAUAUUUUAUAUGGUGGUGGUAUAAUAGUAUUUAUUACAAUACCAAUCUUGAUCAUAAUCGCAUUCACAUGUAGAAAGUUUUCUAAAAAAUAUGCGAAAAAAUCACAAGCGUUGGUUGAAGCACAACAACGUAUGAACAAAAUGUGCAUGGAGUCUAUAUCUUUGAGGCAGCAUAUUAAGCAGGUCAUUAUUGAACACCAGAUAGAAUUAGAUGAAGAUAUGUCAAAUAUGCUGAAAUUACCCAAUAUUUCAAUUGUUGCUGCCGAAGAUUCAAGAAUUGUGGAUGGAACAUCAUCGAAGACCGAAUAUUUUGUGCCAUAUGAUGAAAAAUGGGAGUUUCCAAGAGAGAAUUUAUCUUUUGGACAUGGUUUAGGAGAAGGAGAAUUUGGCAAAGUGGUUCAAGCAGAGGCAUUGGGAAUCCUGCAGAGAACCUUUGUUACCACUGUUGCUGUGAAGAUGUUGAAAGGUACCUAGGUAAAAUGUACCUAUUCUGCAGAGGCAGU